ACUUAUAGCAGACAUGUGCUGGUCCUGGUCCCUGCACUACACCACACGGCGCGGUAGAGGGCGCCCGCGCCGCAGCAGUGCCCAGCUGAAGUGUUCUGGAGUUCUUCAGUCCUCCACUCCCUCACAGUGCCCUGCAGAACUGGUGAGAGCAGCCCGCGGAGAAGUCGCCCACUGCCACCACUUCACUUCACCCCUGGAGACAUUUCUUAGCUGGCAUCCCUGCCCUGGACGAUGAUGGCUGCAGGACCCCGGGUUCGCACGGGCGCCUGUGAAGUGCUGCUGGCGCUGCUGUCCCUCCGCCUGGCCGGGGCUUACAAUAUAGACCUGGAUCACCCCGUGCUCUUCCGAGGUCCCACUGGCUCGUUCUUUGGCUAUGCGGUUCUGGAGCAUCACCACGAUGACACGAGAUGGAUACUUGUUGGAGCCCCAAAAGCAGAUUCUAAAUUUAGUUCAUUGUUAAAAGCUCCUGGUGCAGUUUUUAAAUGUAGAGUUCACAGCAAUCCAGACAAGACGUGUACAGAGCUGAAUCUGGGAAGAGGAAACACUCGAGGGAUUUACUGUGGAAAGACAUGUAAAGAGGACAGAGAUGAAGAGUGGAUGGGAGUUACACUGGCAAGACAAUCAAAGCCUGAUGGCAGUGUUCUGGCAUGUGCUCAUCGCUGGAAGAAUAUCUACUAUGAAAGUGAGGUUAUACUUCCGUAUGGUUCCUGCAUCAUUCUCCCACCAAAUCUGCAGGCCAAUGGGAAGAAGCUAUUGCCUUGCUACGAGGAAUACAAGAAGAAAUAUGGAGAGGAACACGGCUCAUGCCAAGCGGGGAUUGCAGGAUCCUUCAUGGAGGAGCUGGUUGUGAUGGGAGCCCCAGGAUCAUAUUACUGGACUGGCACAGUGAAAGUAUUGAAUCUUACUGACAACACAUACUUCAAGCUGAGUAAUGAAGCUGUCAUUGCCAAAGGUUACACCUAUUUAGGAUAUGCGGUCACUGCUGGUCACUUUUCACAACCUACCACCAUGGACAUAGUUGGUGGAGCUCCCCGAGAUAGUGGCAUCGGAAAGGUCUAUAUCUUCAGAUCAGACAAGGCAUCUGGGUCACUUGUUAGGAUUUUUCAAGCUUUGGGGAAAAAGAUGGGCUCUUACUUUGGCUCCUCCUUAUGUGCAGUUGAUCUGAACGCUGACGGACUAUCAGACCUCUUGGUAGGGGCUCCCAUGUACUCCGAGGUUAGAGAUGAAGGACAAGUUACUGUGUACAUCAACAGAGGAAAUGGAGUAAUGGAUGAACAAACUUCAUUGAAUGGAGACAAUGCAUAUAAUGCACAGUUUGGGGAAAGCAUGGCUAACUUGGGCGAUAUUGAUGAUGAUGGGUAUCCAGAUGUUGCAAUUGGAGCUCCAAAAGAAGACGAUUAUUUAGGCGCUGUCUACAUAUAUCAUGGUGAUGCAGAUGGCAUUGUUCCUCAGUACUCAAUGCGGAUUUCUGGAAGAAAAAUUAACCCAGCUCUUAGGAUGUUUGGCCAGUCGAUUUCUGGAGGUAUUGAUAUGGAUAAGAAUGGCUAUGUAGAUGUGACCAUUGGGGCUUUUAUGUCGGAUAGUGUGGUUCUACUAAGAACAAGACCAGUUAUUACUGUGAAUGCUUUAAUAGUCCUGCCAACUGCCAUUAACAUCACUGCUCCUCAGUGCCACGAUGGGACGCAAAAUGUGAACUGUGUCAAUGUCACCGUCUGUUUCCGGUUUAGUGGCAAACAUGUUCCUGGUGAAAUAGAAUUAUUGUACAAUUUAACUGCUGAUAUUGUGAAAAGGGAAAGUGGUCAUCAGCCCAGGGUGUUCUUGGUGUCAUCUGGGGAAACUGUUGCUCAUGUGAGUGAGAAACUCCAGCUUACCCAUAUGAAAGAGAAGUGUGACCAGUAUCUUGCUCAUGUAAAGCGUAGAGUGAAAGAUGUAAUUUCACCCAUCGUUUUUGAAACAUCUUAUAGUCUUGGAGAGCAUGUGAUUGGGAAAGAGGAGAGGGACUUGCCUGCUCUGAAGCCUAUUCUUCGCUGGAAAAAGGGACAGAAGAUUGCACAGAGAAAUCAGACUUUAUUUGAAAGAAAUUGUCGCUCUGAGGAUUGUCCUGCUGAUCUGCAACUGAAAGGAAAGUUACUGCUGUCAAGUUAUGACUCCAAAUCUGAAUACUUGGCGUUGGGAGCUGUGAAGAACAUUUCACUUAACAUCUCUAUCUCUAACAAAGGGGAUGAUGCAUAUGACACCAAUGUCUUCUUCAACUUUUCAAGGGAACUAUACUUUAUUAAAAUGUGGCAAGAGGAAGAACAAGGAAUUUCCUGUGAAUUAUUGGAAGAUGACUACCUUAAAUGUAGUGUGGGAUUUCCAUUCAUGAGAUCACGGUCUAAGUAUGACUUCAGUGUGAUCUUUGAUACCAGUCACUUAUCUGGUGAAGAUGAUAUUCUUCAGUUCCUGGUCACCGCCCAAAGUGGAAAUAAUGAACAAGCUGAGUCUUUACAUGACAACACCCUCAUUCUGGCAGUGCCCCUAAAGCAUGAAGUGGACUCAUCAGUAACAGGGACUGUGUCCCCAUCCUCUUUUGUGUAUGGUGAUACAGUGGAUGCUUCAAACUUCAUUCUCCUCCAGGAUCUGGAAUGUCAUUUUCAGCCUCUUAAUUUCACACUUCAGGUUUACAAUGCUGGACCUAGCACUUUGCCUGGAUCGUCCAUCACAAUUUUGUUUCCUAAUCAUCUGUCUGCUUCUGGAGCUGAGAUGUUCCUUAUCCAAGAUGUUAUAAUUUCUCAAGAGAAAGCACAAUGUGCGUUCCACAAAAACCCUGCACCAUGUGUGAUCCCACAGGAAAAGGAGAACAUCUUCCACACAAUAUUUUCAUUCUUUAAAAAAUCAGGACGAAAGGUGUUGGACUGCAACAAGUCAAACUGGCCAUGUUUAGAGGUGGAAUGUAAUUUCACAUCAUUAGCUAAAGAAGAAACCCAAAAUAUUGAGGUUCUUACACUGCUUAAUACAGAGAUAUUGAAAAAGGAUAGUUCUUCAGUAAUUCAGUUUGUGACACAGGCUCAUUUAUCUAUAGAUUUAAAAUUACGGGCAGUAGAAGUGCCGCAUGGAAACUCACAGGAUGCAACAGUGAUCUUUGAGGCCUUACACAAUCAAGAACCACGUGGUUACGUGGUGGGUUGGAUCAUUGCCAUCAGCUUACUAGUUGGGAUCCUCAUAUUUCUGUUGCUUGCUGUAUUGCUGUGGAAGAUGGGCUUCUUUCGCCGGAGAUAUAAAGAAAUCAUUGAAGCAGAAAAGAAUCGGAAAGACAAUGAAGAAAGCUGGGAUUGGGUGCAGAAAAAUCAGUGAGCGGCAUGUGCCAGCCCAGUCACCUGACACACACAUUUGCUAGAUGAUUGGCUCUGCUCUUGUAUCUUUCAUAUGUGGAAGAAAAAAAUCUUCUCCAGAUUUUCCGGAGGCUUGUUGAUGCUGUUUAUUCCUUUAUCAGGCUGACUAGCAAAGGAGAGUGUGUCCUGAGGCAACCACUGAAGCAACGUGAAGUGACUGGAGCAAGAAUGUUCCCUCUGCCAAGACAAACUUUGGCCACCAUGCUGCAGAGAAUGGCAAUAUUUAUGAAUCCAUCGUAACGUACGUGGUGUAACUUCAGGGAAAAGCUGUUACCAAGAAGUAUUUUUUUUUUUUUUAUAAAAUUUUUAUACCAAACUUGUCUUUAUAUUUGAAGAUAUACUGUAUGUAAUGAAGAGCUGUACAGUUCUCUUAACGCACUGAUACCUGCCUACUUGUACUGAUCCCACCAAGCUGUGCAUUCAUGUAAGGCCUAAUUUAUUAGGUAAAAGCAAUUGUACAUAGUUGCACUGAACUGUAGAUUCUUAAUGCACCCAAAGUUCCCCUAAAUCAGCAGCCUCCAACCUCUGUCUCUAUAGCUUCUGUGAAACUAUAAUUCCAUGCUGCAGACUGUCAGGGCAUGCUUGGCAUUGCACCUUCACAUUAGCAGGAGAGCCAUGGGUUAGAGAAUCCUUCCACAGAUCAAGCUUUUUUAGAAUGCUCAUUUUAGUGGGAUUAUAUACAUGUUUAGGUUUAUACAAGUGUUUUUGUACAUAAAACCACACACACUUAGAACUAUCAUGUAUUUCAAUAAAUUAUAUGAAUUCCCAAUCACCACAAGACUCAGUACCUCGAAUGCAUUUGUGUUUAAUACUUAUACAGGUGUGUGAGCUUUUAUCUGUAAAGAAGAAUAUAGAAAGGCUAGAAGAAUUUUUAAAAAACGUCAUUAUUGCUGCUUUGUGAUUACUGGCUCAUCCUCUAGUUCCUUAAAGUGCUGACUAAAGAUAAGGCCAAGGCUGGAUAGGGCCAAAAUGAGAGAUAUGAAGUUUAUUUGACACCAACCCGUCAUUGUCUUACAAAUGUUUUAUAUUUUAUUAUUAUAUAUUACAGGCAUGACAUUGCUGAUUUACAUACUAUUACAUCACUACUACAAAGUAUUAUAUAUCUUAGGGUCCAUUCACACGUCUGUAAGUGUUCUGCGGAUCCGCAAAACACGGACACUGGCAAUGUGCAUUCCGCAAUUUGUGGACUGCACAUCACCGGCACUAUAAGAGA